AUGGUUUUACAAUAUUGUAAAGAUGGAAGUUUAAGAGAUUAUAUAUAUCAAUCUGAAAAGCAUAUAAAUUAUUUUCUAAAAAUUGACCAUUUAUUUCAAAUUUCAAGAGGUCUUUUAUACAUCCACAAAUCUGGAAAAAUACACAGAGAUCUUCAUUCAGGCAAUAUACUAUUCGAUAAUAUUCCGUAUAUAAGCGAUUUUGGAUUGUGUCAAUCAGCAACCAAUAAUAAAAAACAAGAAGUUUAUGGUGUGACACCUUAUAUAGCUCCAGAAGUUUUGCGUGAAUAUAAGUAUACAAAAGCAACUGAUAUAUAUUCAUUUGGAAUAUUAAUGAAUGAAUAUAUAUCGCAAGAAUUUCCUUAUAACGAUAUUCCUCAUGAUCAUAUUUUGACAGUUAAUAUAUGUAGCAAAGGACUUAGACCAAAAAUUUCCGAAAAUACACCAAAAUUAUUUGCAGAUUUGAUCACUAAAUGCUGGGAUACUAAAGCAGAAAAUAGACCAACUGUUAAAGAAUUA